AGUUUUAUAAGAAACGUAAAAAAGUCAAAGAAAGUCAAUAUAUAUGAGGAUCAUGUCAUGAAAGAAAAACAAAAUUAGAAAAAAGUCAUUUUUCUUUUGAAAACUAAAUACAGCGGCAUUUGGUUCAACUGCUGUUUAUGAUUCUCGCUGUAUAAUAUUCUACGUUUUAGAUAAUAAUGAAGAAUGGACGGCGGCCUGGGCCUUAUCCGACUUAAAUAAUAUUUAUAGUAUUAAUUUAAUGUCAUUAUGGCUUAUUAAUCAUCCAUUAUUACAUAUUUGGAUUGAUUCUAAUAAUUAUUUAUGCUAUGUUUUAUCAGCAAAACAUUUGACAAAAAAAUUACAAAAAACAAGAUUUAAAAUAAAAUUAAACAAAUGGUAUCGUUUAACAAU